UUCUCUUCUCCCCUUCUGCAAAUGCUUUUCUUUCCCGACGCAAAUUUCCAGCUCCACAUAUACAUAUACGUAUAGAGAGAAUAAGAGACAGAGAGAAAGAGAGAGACAGAGAGAAAGAGAGAGACGGAGAGAGAGAGUAUGAACAAUAAUCAGAAGAGGAGGAAUUUUCAGAUAGAGGCGUUCAAGCACAGGGUAGUGGUUGAUCCAAAGUACGCCGACAAGACUUGGAAGAUUCUGGAGCAUGCGAUUAACGAGAUUUACAAUCGCAACGCCAGUGGCCUCAGCUUUGAAGAGCUCUACAGGAAUGCUUACAAUAUGGUUUUGCAUAAAUAUGGUGAGAAGUUAUAUUCAGGACUUGUGUCAACAAUGACUUUCCACCUCCAAGAGAUAUCAAAGUGCAUUGAGGCUGCACAAGGUGAUCAUUUCCUGGAAGAGCUAAACAGGGAAUGGACUGAUCAUAAUAAGGCACUGCAAAUGAUCCGUGACAUACUGAUGUACAUGGACAGGACUUUUGUUCCAAGCACUCACAAAACCCCUGUUCAUGAGCUAGGGCUGAAUCUUUGGAGGGAUAACAUCAUACACUCUAGUAAAAUUCAGACAAGGCUACUAAAUACACUUCUUGAACUGAUUUUCAGAGAGCGUACUGGUGAAGUCAUUAACUGGGGGUUGAUGAGAAAUAUAAUUAAGAUGCUUACCGAUCUAGGACCAUCAGUCUAUCAAGAAGACUUUGAAAAACCUUUUCUUGAGGUGUCAGCUGAUUUUUACAAGGCUGAGUCUCAGAAGAUUAUUGAAUGUUGUGAUUGUGCAGAGUACCUUAAGAGAGCUGAAAAACGGCUAAAUGAAGAAAUAGAGAGGGUUUCACAUUACUUGGAUGCAAAGAGUGAAGACAAGAUAACUAGUGUUAUGGAGAGGGAGAUGAUUGCAAAUCAUAUGCUUAGACUUGUUCAUAUGGAGAACUCAGGGUUGGUGAAUAUGCUUCUUGAUGAUAAGUAUGAAGAUUUGAAAAGGAUGUAUGGAUUAUUCCGUCGAGUUCCUAAUGGUCUGUCAACAAUAAGAGAUUUAAUGGCUUCUCACAUAAGAGAGACUGGUAAACAGCUUGUUACUGAUCCUGAAAAGUUGAAGGACCCAGUCGAGUUUGUCAGCUGUCUGUUGGAGGAAAAGGAUAAGUAUGAUAAUAUCAUAAGCAUGUCAUUUAACAAUGACAAGACAUUUCAGAAUGCCUUGAACUCCUCAUUUGAAUUCUUCAUUAACCUUAAUCCUCGUUCUCCUGAGUUUAUCUCCUUGUUUGUUGAUGAUAAACUUCGCAAAGGUCUUAAGGGAGUCAGUGAGGAGGAUGUUGACAUUAUGCUUGACAAGGUAAUGAUGCUGUUCAGGUACUUGCAGGAAAAAGACGUGUUUGAGAAGUACUACAAGCAGCAUUUGGCAAAACGACUUCUUUCUGGAAAAACCAUCUCUGAUGAUGCUGAGAGAAGUCUGAUUGUUAAACUAAAGACAGAAUGUGGUUAUCAGUUUACGUCAAAAUUAGAAGGCAUGUUCACUGACAUGAAAACCUCUCAGGAUACAAUGCAAGGAUUCUAUGCAACACAUGGUACUGAAUUAGGAGAUGGCCCCUCUUUGGUUGUCCAAGUUCUCACAACAGGUUCUUGGCCAACUCAACCUAGCAUGACCUGCAACCUUCCUGCUGAAUUAUCAGCUUUGUGUGAGAAGUUCCGUUCAUAUUACCUUGGAACACACACGGGUAGAAGACUCUCAUGGCAAACAAACAUGGGAACAGCUGAUUUGAAAGUGACCUUUGGGAAGGGCCAGAAGCACGAGCUUAAUGUGUCCACUUACCAAAUGUGUGUCCUCAUGUUGUUUAACAAUGCUGAUCGCCUUUCAUACCAGGAGAUUGAACUGGCUACUGAGAUUCCUCCAUCUGAUUUGAAAAGAUGCCUUCAGUCCCUAGCUCUUGUUAAGGGUAAGAAUGUUCUCCGAAAAGAACCCAUGAGCAAGGAUAUAGGAGAGGAAGAUGCAUUCUUUGUUAAUGACAAGUUUACAAGCAAAUUCUACAAGGUGAAAAUCGGGACUGUAGUUGCCCAGAAGGAAUCUGAGCCUGAAAAACAGGAGACAAGACAGAGAGUGGAGGAGGACCGGAAACCACAGAUUGAAGCUGCAAUUGUGAGGAUCAUGAAAUCCCGGAAGGUAUUGGAUCAUAACAAUAUCAUUGCCGAGGUCACAAAGCAGUUGCAAUCUCGUUUCCUAGCCAACCCUGUGGAGAUUAAGAAAAGAAUAGAGUCUCUUAUCGAGAGAGAUUUCUUGGAGAGGGAUAGCGGGGAUAGAAAGUUGUAUCACUACCUCGCUUGAAAUGAAUCCCUCAGGUAACAUCCUGUUGUACAACCUCAGAUUAGCUUUUUCAGUGGACUCAUCCCUUUUUGGAACUUGUACAACAGUUGAAGAAUUUACAGAUUUUCAACUUUAUGCAGCCUAUGCAGGUUCAGUUGGUUUUCAAAUUUCUGUUGCUUUCAACUUGCUGCCUUUCAAAUUUACUCUCUUAAUAAUGCUUUCUUCUUUAAACAUUUGCUAAACAAAUAUGUUCUUUCGCAUACCCCAACGGGAGACUUAUGUUUAAUUUUCCUGAAUUCAAGGUCGUUUCCUGAACA